AUGGAAACAACUGUUGCAAAUAAAACGGCACCACUUGAUGUAACAGACUUCACUACAACUCAACAACUUAGUGAAUCAUUUGACUCUCUAUAUUAUGAGAUAGCAGCAUUCGCCGAAGUUCAUAAGUUUUCAACAUCAACUUUCAAUCAAUCAACUCUAGAACAAUCACAAAACUCUAGCACUAUGGCGGCAUUCCAAAUGCCCAAACGGAAAUUCCCAACCAUCUCGGGCAUAGUAACGGAAUGGCAAGGAUUUGAGGACCUAUUCAAUUCAAUUCUGUCGCAUGCACCAGAUCUACCAGACGUAGAAAAAUUUGAAUACCUGAAAACGUCCCUUCAAGGUGAACCAUCAUCUUUAAUCGCACAUCUUUCGAUAAAUGCUGCCAACUACCUAAGCGCUUGGGCAAUCUUACGUUCACGUUACGGGAAUAAACGAGAUCUUGCUCGUAUAUAUUUAGAUGCUUUAUUGACGCCACAUGUAGUUAAAAUUGAUAAUUCCGCUUCAAUCAAAACAUUCAUAAAUACAAUUCACGAACAUACAGCGGAUCUUGACAAUCUAAACUUUAUUACUCGUCAGUGGAAUCAAAGCCUUAUAUACAUCUUUGAAAAACAAUUAGAUUACGAACUUCGUUCCCGUUGGGAAAUACAAGUUGGAGAUACAGUGUCACCCACUGUUACUGAAUUAAUUGAUUUUCUCCGAAGUCAUAUCAGAGCAGCUGAAAUACAAGGAGAAGGCCUUUUGGCAUUCAGAAUACAUCGAGUUAAAACUGAUGCAAAAAAGCAAAAUCCACGUUCCACUCCAACCCAUAGAUUUCUAACCACUGGAAUAAGCAUGGAAACAUGUUUAUUGUGCAAGGAAUCACACAAGCUCAGGCAGUGUUCAAAGUUUGUUGCCAAAACACCAGGUGAACGGUUUCAAAUUGUAAAGGAACGAAAUUUGUGUCUUAAUUGCUUACUGCCAAAUCACAGUACAACGUCAUGUAAUUCAAAAUUCACUUGUCGGAUAUGUAAACAGAAGCAUCAUUCAAUGCUUCAUUUCACUAAAAUCACGCCACAUUCCAGUGAUAAAACAAGCAUCAAUAUUCAGACACCAGCAAACAAUGUGGAAUCACAGAUUACAACAUGCCUCGUGUCCCAAUCAAAGCGUCCCACUGUGCUAUUAGCCACAAUGCUAAUCAAAGCCAAGGCUUCAGAUGGAUAUCAUCAAAUAUUACGUGCACUGGUUGACAGUGGAUCAGAAGCCAGCUUUAUAACAGUAAGCUGUGCUGACAAAUUGGCAUUACCUCUUCGUCGAUGUUCAGCACAAAUUCGUCCAUUUGCUGGUUCACCUAUUAGUAUUGUCUCAGGCAUUAUUACGGUCACGUUGUCGGCACACUCUAUACCUGAACCGACCGUAACAAUUGACGCUAUGACCGUUCCAAAAAUCAUAGAUAAAACUCCGAGCUGCAAUUUAACGUCAACUACAUGGCUACACCUAAAGAAUCUACCACUAGCGGAUCCAACAUAUAAAAUACCGGGUUCAAUUGACAUUUUAUUGGGAGCAGACAUCCUACCCUCUCUCGUAACAGGCGAUCGAGUAGCCGGAAAACCGUAUCAACCCGUUGCAUUUAAUACGCUAUUUGUUUGGGUAGUCUUAGGACAAGCCAACCAAUCACCAUCACCUGUUGGUGACUUGUCACUUGUGACACCAGUCACAACAUUUACAGUUCAGUCCAACGCAGAAUUAGAAUCCUCAUUGACACGCUUUUGGACACUCGAAGAACCGUCAUCACCAUCACCUUCAUCAAUCGAGAACACAGACCCAGCAGAACAAGUUUUUUUGUCAUCGGUUACCCGAACUACAUCCGGGCGUUUUUGCAUCGAGUUACCGUUCAAAACACCAAAACCAAUUAUUGGUGAUUCAAAAGGGCAAGCACUUCACCGUUUUCGACACCUUGAGUGGAGGUUAUCCAAAAACGACGAGAUACGAACCAAAUAUAAGGAAUUUAUGCAAGACUAUCUAGAUAGUAACCAUAUGGAAAUCGUUCCAGUCCAGCAGCGUUACACGCCAUUUCAUUAUUAUAUUCCACAUCAUUACAUUUUACGACCCGAUAGUCAAACCACUAAACUGCGAGUUGUAUUUGAUGCGUCAGCCAAAAGCUCCACCGGAAUUUCUCUCAACGAUUGCCUACACACAGGUCCGAAAAUGCAAGCUGAUUUGUCUCAUAUUCUAAUGCAAUCACGUGUACACCGAAUCGUAUUCACUGCCGACAUUAACACGUUGAGUGCCAGUGUAUUUAUGAUGCGCAUAUAG